AUGCACUUCACCACCCUCCUCAUCGCAGGUCUGACAUCCAGUUUCGCUGCCGCUCUCCCCCAGCAAAUCGUCUCAGGCAGCGAAGUAACAGGCACAACGUGCCUCGACCCCUCGAUCAAAUUCGACACGCACUCCACAAACGUCGCCAUCCUGUCCAUCUGCGGCGGCAUCGCGGGCGCCAUAACAAAAUGCGGCGGCGCGCCAACCUCCACGACCGGUAUCUCCGGGACCUCCAAGUUCACGCUGGAUGCCACGCAGGCGGGCGCUACGAUCAAUAUCAGCAAGGGGCGGUGGGAGCGGUGCGUCAAGGCGGCGCAGUUGACGUGUCCGGGGGGCAGCUUUGCGUCGACGUGUUUGGGGGGUGCGGCACCGAGGGGUGAUGUGAAAUUCAGUUUGACGGAGGCGUAG